AUGCACACCUCGGGAUACGUACGGAACGGUGCUUUUGAUACGACAUGCCAAGCCGACGGAACAUGGAGCAACCCUGUUCCAACGUGCGAACCCGGACAGUGUUCGACGUUGACGGCCCCAACAAACGGAGCGCUGAGUCCUCUCGGAGCGACGUCCUUCGGGAAUACAGUAACGUUCACCUGUAACUCGGGAUACCUACUGUACGGCGCAACUACAUCGACGUGCCAAGCUGGGGGAGCAUGGAGUAAUACUGUACCAACAUGCAGACCCGUACCAUGUCCACCGUUGGCGAACCCAUCUAAAGGAGCGCUGAGUCCCCUAGGACCAUAUGCCUACCCGAACCAGGUUACGGUCACAUGUAACUCGGGAUAUGACCUGGAUGGAGUCACUCCUGUGACGUGCCAAGCUGACGGAACGUGGACCAAUUCUGUUGGAACAUGCAGACCCAGACAAUGUAACGCGUUGACGGCCCCGACUAACGGAGCGCUGAGUCCUGCCGCACCGCACAACUACCCUGCCACUGUUACGUUCUCCUGUAAUGCAGGACACGUAGUGAAUGGCGCUGAAACUACGAAGUGCCAAACUGACGGCUCAUGGAGCAGCCCUGUUCCAACAUGCACACAAACACCCGGGCAAUGUUCGGUGUUGUCGGCGCCAACUAACGGAGCACGGACGCCCCCUACCGGAUCGAACUCAUUUGGGAAUACAAUUACGUUCAUAUGUAACUCGGGACACGUACUGAACGGCGCGACAACUGCAACAUGCCAAACUGACGGAACAUGGAGUAGUCCUGUUCCAACAUGCACACCCAGACCAUGUCCAGCGUUGACGACCCCGACAAACGGAGCGCUGAGUCCCCCCGGAACCCAGACCAUGUUCAGCGUUGACGACCCCGACAAACGGAGCGCUGAGUCCCCCCGGAACGUACACCUACCCGAACCAGGUUACGGUCACCUGUAA